GCCCGCGUUGAACAAAGACACAAGGUCGGGGAGGCAGAUUUGACUUGUGCACACAUCCAUAACAAUAUCUGGUUUUCCACAAUAAUGUCAUUAGUCCGUCUUACGUCCUUUCCAGCUACCACUUUUAACCGGGUGUUUUCGUUCAUAUAUCGAAGUCCGAAAAACUAUACUUUUUGUUCCCACAGGGUUUUGUAUAACAGAGUUUUGGUUUCUAGAAAACUUUCUCAGAAAGCCGAGGUUAUUGGUCCUGAGGGCACUAUAAAAACCCAUAUAGAUGGAUCUCGUCCGAAAUUCGUCGUCACGUAUGACGAGUUGAACUCGCAAAUUUUCAAAGGAACUGUCCAACUGUUUGAUGUAAGAAGUGGAGAUGAUGUGGAAUCCACUGGCAGGAUUCCGGGUUCUGUUAAUAUACCCCUCGCCGAUUUAAAGAAAGCCCUUACUCUCAAUGACAGCGAAUUUUUACAGAAAUAUGGUGUGUCAAAGCCGAAAACGAGCGACAACAAUAUAAUAUUUUAUGGUUUGUCGGAUGUGUCAUCAGCAAGUGCCUGUGAAAUAGCCCACAGCUUGGGCUUUAAAAGGGCGAAGUAUUAUUUGAAAGGAUGGGCGGAGUGGUCUACAAUACAUAAAAAAUAAACAGUAACAAUUUUGGUGCCUCUAUAUACGAUGGUGUACAUAAUCCACAAUAAACAUAAAAAUAGUUCUAGCCAUAGAUUAAUAUCGCAAAAUGGCUCUCUUUCGCUGAGUUUAUUGAAAUUCAAUCAUUUCAAUUUGCAUUUUCACAUUGUAUUUGACUUUGCUGCAAAGCGUAUACAGUUAUUUGUUGUGUAACGUCAAUCUCAUCUUUAUUACAAAUAGUUUAUCCGCGGCGAGUGGUGUUUUUUAGUUGGCCUGAAAUAAAUAUUAGUGUGGCUAUAUAAAUUAGUUCCAUCAUAUCACCAGUGCCGUUUUUCUUGUGGAUGUUUACUGUUGUAUGAUGCUAUUCCUAAUUAGAAGAGCGUAAGAUUAGACAGUGAUAUUAUUUUCUAGAUUUUUGAACUUGUAAUUAUCGCACUUCAUCAUAUUUGAAGCACC